UGUUUUCCCUCUCCUCACUUUUACCCUCCAUCUCCUCCUCCCCUCUUUCUCCCUUUUUCUAUUUUCUUCUCCUCUUCUUUCCCCUCCUCGCGCGCACACACCAACCCUCCAGGUUUCUCAAUGAAUGUCUCUCCAGGUUCAGCCCCUCCCACUCCGUGUAAGCGCUUAAUUGUCAGCUUUGACGAGAACUCGCGUAGGCUUAAAUACCGUGUGCGCCUCGUGCAUUGAGGGUGGAACUGACCAACUUCUUCAAGCGGGCAUCUCUAUCUAUCUCUCUCUCGUGCGUGUGUGUGUUUUUUAUUCUCCUCGUGCGCCUUGUCUUUAUUUGUGCCGCCGACCGACCAGCAUGCAGGUGUCUCUGGCCCUCCUCGUCUCCAGCGCGGCGCUCCUGCUGCUCCAGGGAUGCUGCACCGCCGUGAAGGGAUGGAAGGUACUAAAAAAUGAUGCCACGGAGAUUUUACCGGAGUACAGAGAAAACAGUCGGACACCUCAGGAGGCGAUACCACAGGCGUCCAACGGCAACAAUAACAACAACAGCAGCAGCAGCAGCAGCAGCAGUCUGAACAACAGGGCGAAAGGCGGCGGGAGGAGCGCAAACACAGUCACCUACAGUGCCGCAGAGCUCAGCUGCAGGGAGUUGCGCUCCACCCGUUACAUCACCGACGGAUCUUGCCGCAGUGCCAAGCCUGUCAAGGAGCUGGUGUGCUCGGGCCAGUGCAUGCCCGCGCAUCUCAUGCCCAACUCCAUCGGCCGUGGCAAGUGGUGGAGGGGCAGCUCCUCGGACUACCGCUGCAUCCCAGCAAACUCCCGGACAAGGAGGGUCCAACUGCAGUGUCCCAACGGCAACACUCGGACUUACAAAAUCCGCGUGGUCACCUCCUGCAAGUGCAAGCGCUUCAGGCCCCACCAUAACCAAUCGGAGGCCAAGGAGGUCCCGAAACGCAACAAGAAGCACAGUCGCUUGUCUCAAGACCGGAGCAAGAACAACACGCCAACAGUGAUGGGCAACUCGUACUGAUGCUCCUCUUCAAGCAUCCAAAGGACACUCACACACACACACACACACACACACACACACACGUUACACGUUACACAACACACACACGUUACACAACACACCAAGCAACAACGUCUCCUUCAAAUAGGGAGGAGGAAUAUUCAAAGAGCGCGAAUUCAUAAGCUAAUUUGCUGGGCUGGUUUUUAAGUCACCAGUCUUUAUUUUUCAGCGUAUUUGUGAACUCUGCUGCUUGUUUGCAUGACAAAAUGAGUCAGUGCCAGGGGCUUGCCACAGAUGUAGCACCAUGUUGGAUAGAAAACAACAAAACAAGUCAAAAUCUGAUCACCCUAACAGCUCAGAACAUCCCUGGGCUCGGUUUCUGUCCUGCAUUCAAACAGAUUUAAUUUAAUGAGAAGUUCUCCCCGAGGCCUCGAGCCCAUCUGUACAAACAUCCAGCGGAUGCAGAGCUAAGUUUUUUUUAAAGCUGAAAAGGUGUAUCUUCGCUCCAAAGUGGUUGUAAUCCAUCUCCUUUUUGGCUGUGUGUGUGUGUGUGUGUGUGUGUGUGUGUGUGUGUGUGUGUGUGUGUGUGUGUGUGUGUGGAGGAGAUGGUGGCAGCUCUGGGGGUUCUGACGGUGGGAUGUUGACAGGUUUCUGUGCGGCGGUGCAUUCAGCUCACUAAAGGCCUCGCUCACUCUUCCAGGUCUGUCAGUUACAGUAACCUUUCCCACAACUCGAUGCAGAGUCAGGAGAGACGGAGAAAUGAAGCGGUUCUGACACCACAGGGGCAUUCCUGUGACUCCUCUUAAUUACUAAAUGAGCCCAUUCCUGUGUUAUUUUUGAGUCAUAAAAAGUCGUUUCCUCUAGCCAGUUCCUGUCCUGCUGGAAUCACACACAGAAAAAACAAAACAAGUGCACAUGUGUGUGUGUGUGUGUGUGUGUGUGUGUGUGUGUGUGUGUAGGAGGCAUCAGAAAAUUGAGCGUGAUUGUGUUGUUACCUAAGGGUAGAGCUCUUCUCCAGCACGCCCACACACCGGAAUUCUUUUGUAACUUUUUGUGUUGGUCGUGUCCGCUCCCUCUCUGCUCCCACACUGUAAAUAGCUCAAACAGGAAAGAUAGGAAUAAAAAUAACAUAAUGAAAACAAUAAUUCAGAUAAAAAUCUGUCCCCGCUCUGUCACAACCUGCUUCCUCAGCAGUGGGACUGUGCUUCACCAAGAGUAUUCACAAUGUUUCCACAUAGUGUCAUUCCGCUCAUAUUGCUUCCUGAUUUCUUUUUUUUGUUUUGUUUUGUUUUUGUUUGGUUGUCUAAACUGUACGGACAAUGUUUGCUUCUUUUCCCGAUUGUAUGUUUUGGAAUAGCAACUGGAAGGGGUUUGUGGUGUAAGCUGAGAGCUGUGAUUGUACAUAUCAUACCUGUGUGGUCCGCUGCAGUGCUGCCCUCACUGCAACAGGGAGGGAGGGCUGUUUUCUACAGACACUAAAGAAGGACUGUUAUAAAGAAUGAACUGCAUAUUUAUUUUUUAUUUCCACAUUUAAAUUAUUUAUGCAACCUUUUGUAGUAAAUGAUAGCCAUUAUUGUCAUAUAGUAUGAUAGAGAUUGGAAAUGAAAUACUGUACAGAACAUGAAUAAAGUAAAGGAAGAUAUAUUUGAAAGAG